GGAGCAUGCGGUCAAACGAGUGUAUUGAGAAUAGUUACAGGAACAAGGAGGAUUUUUACUUGGAUAUGUAAACGCUUCAAGAAGUUGUCCUCAAUCGAGGGUGGCUGCUGGCUGUGGAUGUGACUACGUUCUGGUUUAUGAACCGUCGUUGGAAAGUCCCUCUGAGGAACGCUUUUGUAGCCGAUACAUCCAGAAUAAGGCCACGGAAGUGGCCUAUUUUUCCAGAACCAGAUCCGCACAUCUGACUUUUUAUUUCCUGGGAGAUUUUGGGCAUGCCUUUACCCUGGAAUUUUCCGCCAUAAGAAACCAACUGGUCUUCGACGGCUUUCCGACAAUGAGCCGCAUGAACAACAACAGCCAGUUCAUCACGUCCCCAUUCUUUCCUCAGCUAUACCCAGCCGAUUUAAGCACUGAAUAUGUUAUCAAGUGCCAUUCGAAAAUACCCUGCCGCAUCAAUUUGAUUUUUACCGAUUUCCUCAUGGGCUAUUCCUCAAUCUUGGAGUUCUUCGACUGGAAUGGUCAACGCCUCUACGUGAUCUCCGGCAACAUUUUUCGGCCGCCCGUUAUAGUUUCAUCUGGACCGAGCUUGGUAGUGCGGUUUUAUGCCAAUGGGGCUUCGAACCUCGGCUUUAAAGCCUCGUAUGGGUUCACAUUGGGCAACUUGGAUGACCUAGUGAUGAGGUCGAAUACUGAUUGUGGAGGCCAAGUGAAUAAUCUGGGAGGAGGAAUAACCAUGAUGAACAUGACGGUGGAAGGACCGAAGUUCUACGACUGUCUCUGGAUCAUACAGAUUCCCAGCAGCUUUUUGCACCGCAAAACCCAUCUGUAUGUUAAAGUGGUAAAAUUUACGGACUUUGCUGGCCCAACAAAAUUGAUAAUGCGCAAGGGAGUGACAUCGAAUGAGGCUGUUAUAGAAACCCUCAAAUAUCCGCCAGGCGCUUUCGAAAAAUCGACCAAAACCGAACAUGUAGUGUCGAUUAAAGAAGGUUUUUACGUUAGUCUGAGGGGCCUUUUCAAGGCAGAAUCCCGCGUUGCCAUCGUUUAUGCGGCUUUUAAUUACAAAGAUUGCUUUUCUGGAUUAGACUUCUUGUGCCAAAAUAUGCGAUGCAUUUCCGCUUUGUUAAACUGCGAUGGUUUUGACCACUGCGGUGAUAACAGCGAUGAAUCGCCCACAUGUUCUGAAGAUCCCAAGGACCACAGGGAUUUUUCGAAAAUACCCAAUUUUCGAUUCCCAAAAGCGGAACCUUAUUCAGACUUGACGAUGGCCACUGCAGUAUUUCUUCUAUGCACUUUUGGAUUAAUUGGGAUUAUUAUUGCCAUGACUUUGCUGCUAUACAGGGUGAACAUGCGAACCAGGCACCACCGCCAAAUCCAAGACCACAUUGAGACAAUUCACGCUAUUUUGGAGGAGGGCGUAGGCGAGAUAGAGGAGGACAUAAUCAUUGCAGACGAGCCUCCCGACUACGAGCAUCCUCCAGAAUACUCCGACGUUUUCCAGUAUAUCAGAAAAGUUGCCUGCGGCAGCCGACAAAAGAACAGACACUCUCAGGUAGUCCCAAAACCGUCCCAAUCAACUUCUUUCGCCGCAACUGGGUCUGAAAAAUCCCCCCAUCCAAAUAGCAGUAAUCAGGCAUCAAGAAGUUCCAGCACUAGCAGAAGUUGCCAAACUUCACCCUUGAGGCUACCCCAAUCUCCUCCACCUGCCUAUGACAACGAAAUAGCGGGGGCUUCGCAGAAGACCGAUGACAGAACAGUUAGUUUCCCCAAGAAAAUGUUCAUCGAUAUUGGGGUUUCACUAAGACAAAACAUCCGGAAAUGCAAAUCCGACGUUUUCGCCAAACAUUCCAUCAAAACGAUCAGCUUUUCAGAGCCAAAUUCAACAAGAUAUUAUUCCGAAUCAGAUUUAAUCGGCUUAGUGCACAGUCGCAAAGCCGAAGAUUUCAACGUUGGCAAAAGAAGCUUUUCAGCUAACGACCUGUUUUUCUAAAGAAGAAUUCAGUGUGUUAUAAAUGUUAACAGAAAAAAAAAACAGCAAAUCGAAUACGAUUCUAGUUUGGAUUAGGAGUGAAAUAAACCCAAAGAUAUAAUAAA